AUGCCGGCCAAGCUGCCAGUCUCGCCGGCCAAGGAGCCUUUCCCCCUGCUGAAUGUCGACGCUCCCGACAACACAACCCCAUCUUCGGCGUCACAGCAUGGGGCCGUUCGUCGGUCAGGGUGGACAAGCGAAGGCAAUGGCGCUCUGGCCACCAGUCUGGCCCAUCUGAGCGGUGUUGACAUGGCCGCGGGCAACAACAAGAAGCACGACUUGUCGCGGGACAAGCGGCUCUCGAAGCGACGGAAGGCUCGGUCGCUGGUCCGCCGGGUCAAGCAGUUCACCACACGCCACACUUGGAUCUUGCCGCUGGCCAUCGCUCUCGUCGUGCUGUCGGGCUACGCUGCCUAUCCAUCCGAGUCCAACCCGCUCUCCCACUUCAUCUUCCUCUCGUACCGCCUGCCGCUUGCAGCUGAUGCCGACCCGGACGCGUCACCACAGUAUGGCAAGGGCCUCUGGGAUAUCGCCUUUGUCGUCUUCUACACCGUCGUCCUCACCUUCACCCGCGAGUUCUUCAUGCAGGAGGUCUUCCGGCCACUGGCCCGCUUUGCCGGCCUGCGCUCUAGGUCAAAGCAGGCCCGCUUCAUGGAGCAGAUGUAUACCGCCCUCUACUUUGGUGUGCUGGGUCCUGCUGGCCUUUACGUCAUGUCCAAGACGCCUGUGUGGUUCUACAACACCCGCGGCAUGUACGAGAACUUCCCCCACAAGACGCACCUGGCCAUUGUCAAGUUCUACUACCUCUUUGAGGCUGCCUACUGGGCCCAGCAGGCUGUUGUUCUCAUGCUGGGCAUGGAGAAGCCGCGCAAGGAUUUUCGCGAGCUCGUUGGCCACCACAUCGUCUCUCUGUCUCUCAUCGCCCUGAGCUACCGUUUCCACUUCACUUACAUCGGCAUUGCUGUCUAUACCACCCACGACAUUAGCGACUUUUUCCUGGCCACAUCCAAGUCCCUCAACUACGUUGACGGCCCGCUGAUGGGACCGUACUACUUCACCUUUAUGUGCGCGUGGGUGUACCUACGCCACUAUCUCAACCUGCGCAUCAUCUACAGCCUCUUCACCGAGUUCAAGACCGUCGGCCCCUACGAACUCAACUGGGAAACAGAGCAGUACAAGUGCACCAUCUCCUUCGUUAUCACCCUAGCUUUGCUGGCAGCGCUGCAAGCCCUCAACCUGUUCUGGCUGUAUUUCAUUGUGCGUAUCGCGUACCGCUUCGUUGUCCAUAACGUCGCCAAGGACGAGCGCAGCGACGGUGAAGAAGACACCGAAUUCGAGGACUCGCCCAAGGACGGAGAAGCUUCGGUCGCCGAAAAACAAGCGCUGCUCGACAGCAAGGCCGAUGCCGCUACGACAGCGGCAGCUUCGCCUCUUGCGGCCAACGGAAACACCAAAGUCAACGGUGCCGCCGCCAAGAAAUAA